AUGCAUCCAAUGAUGGGAAAUCUUCCCUCAGCUCGCGUAUCUCCAUCGCCUCCAUUUUACAAUACUGGGGUCGAUUACGCUGGUCCAUUUUCCAUCAAAGGUCGAAAGGGUCAAGGGUGUAAAAUAACUAAAGCUUAUGUGAGUUUGUUUGUCUGUUUCACAACUAAGGCCUUGCACUUAGAGCUCGUUUCAGACGCUACUGCAGAGGCAUUCAUAGCUGCUCUGUGGCGUUUUGCUUCAAGGCGCAGAAAACCAGAGAGCAUUUACUCGGACAAUAGAACUAAUUUUGUCGGGGGGAAUAAUGAACUUGAACGUCUAAGGAACUUUUUAAUCAAAGAGUCAGACGCAUUGGGUGAAUCAAUUUUGAAUAUUGGCAUUCAAUGGCAUUUCAUUCCGGCCUACGCGCCAUAUUUCGGAGAAGCAACACUAAAUUCCCGACCCUUAACUCCUCUAUCAACUGAUCCAAACGACCUUUCUCCGUUGACUCCUGCCCACUUUCUAAUUGGUCGAACCUUUACUAGCGUCGCCGAUCCAGACUUGAUGCAUUUGAAGGAAGGACGUCUAUCCAACUGGCAAAGAAUUCAGCAAAUUCAGCAACAUUUGUGGAGCCGCUGGAAUAAGGAGUAUAUUUCUGAGCUUCAAAGCCGAACAAAAUGGAAGGAGCCUUAUCCCAUGAUUAAAAAGGACACUUUGGUCCUUCUAAAGGAAGACAGAACGCCACCAUCAACCUGGAACCUAGGCAGAAUCGUUGACUUUCAUCCUGAAAAGGAUGACAUCUCUCGCAUAGCUUCUGUCAAAACGACCAAGGGCAUUGUUCGUCGAGCAUUCACUAAAUUGUGCCCUCUGCCUAAUUGUGACUAA